AUGCCGGACUACAAAUUCUACUAUUUCGUCAACCGUGGCCGUGGUGAGGCCAUUCGCCAGAUGUUCCACCUCACCGGCACCAAAUUUACUGAUGAGGUGUUGACUCAGGAGACCUGGGCGCCGAUCAAAGAUGACAUGCCACUUUAUCAAGUGCCUGUACUUGAGGUCGACGGCGUGAAAAUCGGCGAAUCUGUAGCGAUCCUACGAUUUUUGGGACGAGAAUUCGGCGUCGCCCAAUGGCCCUAUCUACUGAUGGGCCGCGUCGAGGGUGAUAAGGGCGACUAUUUCAAGGACAAGGUCCGCCCCUCGAUUGACAAGUACGCGCCGCUUGUCGAAAAGUUGCUGCUCGACAACGGAAAUAACGGGCUUUUCGUUGGGGAUAAGGAAACCUGGGUCGAGGUGUUCGCCGCCGAGUCUUUCGUGAAGCUUGUCGAUUAUGGCGAGAAGGACUCGCUGGAGGCCUAUCCUCACAUCCAGGCAAUGAUCGCCAGAAUACACGCCCUGCCCGGAAUCCGCGACUACCUCGCGACGAGGAAGCAGACCGUUUGC